UCGAACUUCGUUUUACUAGCGGACCGCAAGUGGCAAUCUACGGCAUCUUGAGCUGGAGCUGGAGUAAUUCUUCUGAAGACAUUCGUGAUGUCGAAAGACCAGUUGAGAAACUCUCAGGCAGACAGUUCAGAAAUUGUCAGGUCAACAACACACCUGCUAAAUUUACUAACUUCUACAUCUACCACUGUUCGGCCCAGUGUUCAGACUCACCAAGAGCCUCCCAGACAGGAAACGAGUCAGGAGAGAGGGAGAGAUGGCCGACCAAGUAUCCACGCAGAAAUGACUAGGUCUUUUCCUGCUCUUUAUGGAAACAAAGCAAAGCGCCGGUGCUUUCGAGGGCCUGCCAACCAAUUCACACCAGUUAAAGAAAUACAACUUAAUUUUUAUCUCUUACCCAAGUUUGUUCAGUCUACUCCAAAAGGCAGUGAAGAAUUUGUCCAUCUGCAAGCUGGUUUGGGACGUAGGUCAACACUGAUACCUGACAACUACAGUCAUGAUGAGGUAUGUUCAAGACUCAAAGAUCUGUAUCCAAAACUGGAAAGUGUUUCUGGGGGCUGGCUGAUUUACAAAGGAGCAGGUGGAUGGGGUUCUCGGAAACUAAAUAUGGUGUCUCCUGAGGACAGUGAAUAUACUGGGUCACUGCUAAAGAAUGCAAGUGCAGGGGGAAAGACUGUCCUAUACAUUCCUCCAAUCCAGGAAGAGCUACACACUCAGCCGGUGCCCCCCUGACUCCAGCUCCUUCUCCAAUAUGCCAAAGGCGAUGUGCCACUCAUGUCAAACCAGCUACCCACUUCAACUCUUAGCACUGCAUGUUGAAACAUGUCAGCCUUCAGAUACUAAUGCACAGGAGACUUGUAAUGAAGACCCAGAGGACGCACCACAUCCCAUACCACAUAGAGAAGACGAUCAACUUAACUCACAUCUAAAGGUGAAGUUUGGUACCCCUUUAACCUUUAUCUAUUUGACUGU